GGGAUAUUUAAAGGGCCUUUGCGAAGAUUCCGAUAGAGCGGGGGUCGGGCUGCUGCCGGCGGGGGCAUUGCUCUCCACCCCCUCCCCCCGCCGCAGGGUGGGAGGUGGCUGCGGUCGCUGCCGCUGUGGCCUCGCCUGGCCCGCGGCAGUCCCUGGGUGAGAGGAAAGAGCAGCUGCCCGCGUCGCCGCUAGCCGAGCUCGCCCGCGCCAGCGCCCCUCUGCGCGGUGUUAACCCCCCACCCCGCCACAGCCCCGCCGGGGCCGGGCCGUGGGCUGCCCGCCGCGCCCACCGGCCUGCUGCGCCGGUGAUUGUUGGGUGCUGAGAGUUUGAGCCUUAGCCCCCCAGAUCACCUAGUCUGAGCUCCUCCAUGGCCCACGCUGCUUCCUCCCUAUAGAGGCUAGAAAAGCUGCGAAGGGUCCCUGCCCCAAGGAGCUUACAGUGUAAACACUUGAGCCUGACACCAAUAGACCUGGCCUGCAGGGGUGGGUUGUUAGGCCCCCACAUAAACAACAAAGAUACCAACUGAAUAGUUCACAGCCCUCCUCCCAUCCCAGCUUGAAUUCCACUUUUGCCUUGACACCCUCAAGAAAUCAGCCAGUUAAUGAUGGCUGUCUUGACUAGUGGUCGGGCAUGAUGUCUUUUAAAUGACUCAGAAAUUACAAGUUGUGUUCAUAGCUAGGCUAGGCAGUGGCUGGUCUUAUUAGCUCUAUGCUAAACUGACCUGCUACGUUAUCGUCGUUUCAGUUUAUAUUAUAAGCAAUUUGAGACAUGGAGCAUGACUUCCUACAUGUUUGCACAGCACCUUAGAACAAUUUGGCCCCAAAACUUGACUGGAGCCUUUGGGCACUAUUGUAGUACAUAUAUUUAGAUAAAAUGGGGUACCGAUAUUGUUACUAUCCUGAAAUAUUCCCUCAAUUAGCCACACAUCUUGAGUCUCUGGAAAUGUGCGUCCCAUGUACCAGUAGAUAUCACCCAGAGCUCACCAGUUAAACCUUCACUGGUUAACAUAUAUACUGUGUGUUUCUCUGCCUGUCUUGCUUUAUUUAUUUAUUUAUUUAUUUAUUUUUAAGAUUAUUUUUCAUCUGUAGAAUGGUGUCCCCGCAGCUAACAUUUCCAACACCCUUGGAGAUACAAUUGCUGUUUUUGACUUUAUUCCCCUGUUCGUGCAGCUGAGGAUCGCAUUAAUCCUUUUGGCCACAAUAUCUCACUGGAAGCUCAUGUUAUGGUGAUUAUCCACCAGGAUCCCCAGUUCUUUUUCAGAGUUGCCGCUUCCCAGGAUAGAAUCCCCCUCCUGACAUUGAUCCAUAAAUAUUCAAGAUCAUUUUCUUCCAAGUUGUCAGUGAUUCAGAAACAGGUGUGUAUCUGCUAUCUUGUGCAGCAAUGAGCCUGGAAUUCAAUCUGCUGGAAUAAGACAAUGGCUUCUACGUCCAGUUGAAAUAAAGGGAAUAUGUGUUCUUUCUUGUGAUGAUUUGACAUUAUAAACCCUUCAUUAACCAUGAUGGCAACACAGACAUUAAGUAUAGACAACUAUCAAGAUGGGCAACAAAUGCAAGUAGUAACCGAGUUAAAAACUGAACAAGACCCAAACUGCUCUGAAACUGAUGCAGAAGGAGUGAGUCCUGCCCCUGUAGAAUCUCAGACGCCAAUGGAUGCAGACAAGCAGGCCAUUUACAGGCACCCACUGUUUCCAUUGUUAGCACUAUUGUUUGAAAAAUGUGAACAAUCUACACAGGGCUCAGAAGGCACUACCUCUGCUAGUUUUGAUGUAGAUAUUGAAAAUUUUGUAAGGAAGCAGGAGAAGGAAGGAAAACCCUUUUUUUGUGAAGAUCCAGAAACUGAUAAUUUAAUGGUAAAGGCAAUCCAGGUGCUACGUAUUCAUCUGCUUGAGCUAGAAAAGGUUAAUGAACUCUGCAAGGAUUUCUGUAGUCGUUACAUUGCCUGUCUGAAAACUAAAAUGAACAGUGAAACUCUACUAAGUGGAGAACCUGGAAGUCCUUACUCACCUGUACCAUCACAGCAAAUUCAAAGUGCCAUUGCAGGCACACUCAGUCCCCAAGGGAUUAUGGUGCCUGCAUCAGCAUUGCAGCAGGGAAAUGUAACUAUGGCAACAGUAGCAGGGGGUACAGUGUAUCAGCCAGUCACUGUGGUCACUCCACAAGGUCAAGUAGUGACACAAGCACUGUCACCUGGGACAAUUAGGAUCCAGAAUUCACAGGCCAAACUCAACUUGAACGUGCAUACAUGCAGUUCCCAAGAAACUGCGUACCUACUUCAAGGACAGAGUUUAGCCGAUUUUUCUCUUAAAAGUGGAGCUGGUGAUAGCUGUUCAUUUUACAAAGAUAAUACUGCAAGAGAACUUCCACCACUACCACUGCAGCUUCAGUUACAGUUAAACCAAGAUCUAAGUAUCUUGCAUCAAGAUGAUGGCUCGUCAAAAAAUAAGAGAGGGGUUCUUCCAAAGCACGCUACUAAUGUGAUGAGAUCUUGGCUCUUUCAGCACAUAGGGCAUCCAUAUCCAACAGAAGAUGAGAAAAAGCAGAUUGCAGCCCAGACAAAUCUUACACUACUGCAGGUUAACAAUUGGUUUAUCAAUGCUAGAAGACGAAUUCUUCAGCCAAUGCUGGAUUCCAGCUGUUCUGAAACUCCAAAAACAAAGAAAAAAACAGCUCAAAACAGACCAGUUCAGAGGUUCUGGCCUGAUUCCAUUGCAUCAGGAGUUGCUCAGCAGCAAUCUAAUGAACUUACAAUGUCAGAUGAGUGGAAGAGCCAGACUUGUUACAUGGGGCCUCCUGACUCUCCACGCUGUUCUCAUUCCUGCAGACCACACUGCCUUACUGCCCAAGGAGCUGUUGUAACAAUUACAGCUCCGGUCAACAUGAAUGUAGACAGUCUCCAGUCUCUGUCGUCUGAUGGUGCUACUUUGGCUGUUCAGCAAGUUAUGAUGGCAGGACAAAGUGAGGAUGAAUCUGUGGAUAGUGGUGAAGAUGAUGGAGCAGACCUCUCAACAACAAACAUCAGUGGGCUUGUUUUGGAUAACAGUGAUUCUUUGCAGUAGGAAGCAAGAGUGUGACAAAAUAUUUAGGAAAAUGAAUGGACUGACUGACUGUUUUUAUAGUUUGCACAGCAAACAUUUUACACAAGUUUUAUUUCUAAUAUGUUUUAUAUGUAGAUAUAGAAGGGUGCACUUUUUUGUAUUUCAUAGUAAGCUUAAAGAGUGUCUUUGCAGGUGCAGCAACUUCUUUCAGAUGUGUUUUUGAAUUUUGAAGAGAGGUUAGGUUUUUGUUUUUGUUUUUGUUUUUUUUUUUCAAAAAAUUGCAUCUAAUAAUAUAAUGAUCCACAUAAAUAUCCCUUUUUUUUCUCUCAUUAUAUUGAAAGUGCUACAAUUUCUAAAGAAUUAUGCCGUUUCAAUUAGACCUAUUGUUUAACACAACUCUUGGUUGGCUAACGAUGUAAAUUCAGAGCAUGUGUCACUUGAUCAUUAAGUUAGACACACAUUUGAAAGAUGCUUCUGCACCUUAAAAACUGCCAGUCUGAGGUGGGCAACAACACACACACACACACACACACACACACACACACACACACACACACACACAAUAGAGAUGUGUGAUUCAGUAGCGAAUGUAUGACAGUUUAAAUAAGUUUAAUUUCUCUCAUAGUCAGUGAGCUUGUUUAUCAUUUGCUAUAAAAACUCCUAUUUUUACCUUGGCGGGAUUAUUGGAUAAAAAAAAUAUUUUUAUAAAUUCAGUAGGAAUUGGAAUGACAACUGUAUUGAGCAUGAGAAAAAAAUUUCCAGAAGGGGAAAAUAAAUGUUUAGUAUUCCUAUUUGGAAGGUUCUGAAAAUUUGACCAAAUUUAAUAAACAUGCCUAAUGCUAGUGUUCCAUGGUUCUCUGCUAUCCCAUAGUGGUAUAAUAUAUUUGAUAAUAGCAUAAGAAGGGCCCACGGUUUGAUGGGAUUUUGAUAUUGUCAAACUUUGAUUUAUAUAUCUGUAAACUAAUGCUCAAAUUACAUUUAACUCUGUAUCUAAACUUGUAUCUGAAGAUAUUUGCUAAAUAAGUAUUCAGGUAAGUAAGUACAAUUAUCCACAAAAUUUCUAGUAAUCAACAGAGAAAUUUAAUAAUUCAUGUUUUUUCAGUCUGAUUUUUAAAAAUGAAAAACUGACUGGCUAGUCUUUCCACCUGGGUUAUGUUACUGAAGUUGAAAUUUUUUUCCACAUACAAAAAAUAUAAUUCAUGGAUUCGAUAAAGAAUCUUUUCAAAUACAAACAUCACUACCAGAAUUUACAACAGGCUUGUAAAAAAAUCCUUAUGUAUCUUUUAACAAACUCAGAACUAGUGAUGAAAAUAGAUUUAUCUGUGAUAAUGGUUAAUUUCAGUUUAUCUGCAGAUCUUGAGUUGUGUAUUGUUAUUUCUGAACACCUGUUAUUGACGCUUCAUGCUGAAAAAGCUGGUCUUUCCCCAUUGUUAAGUGCAAAUAACAGAAGACUCAAGAAGUCUUGUAGCAGGACAGUGUGAAAAGAAGGAGGGCGCUACCUUCAAAUCUUAAGCACUGAUCGAGCAAAGCACUUAGUUAUGUGGUUAACUGUAAGCACCUACUUAAAGCCAUUCCUGUUCCACAAAAUAUCCAAGCAUGUGCUUAAAUCCCAUUGACUUCAGUGGGGUUAAACCAUAUACUUGAAAUUAAACACAUGCUUAGGUGCUUUGUUGAAUUGGGGCUUUAAAGUCUGCCUUACUGGGCAAUUUAUAGGCAGCAUGAACAGAGACCUUGACAGGAGAUGCUAAAAAAUUGUUACAUGUACAUAGACGGCAAAUUUAUUUUUCAGAGGUUACCAUUAAAAAAACCCUUGUUUUACUGGCAUUGGGCUACACUCACCACUAGCAUAAGCAGCUGACUUCGCUACUAUAGCACCCACUUAUGCCUGUGAUAAAUUGGGCCUGUUGACUCAACUGCAGUAAUGAGGUAUUAUUAUGGUUAGAAUUAUUAAAUUUUUUAAAGUAUUUGUUUUAAUCCAACUUCUCUGUUUUUGCCUGUAAUACCCUUUCCCUAUGUACUGAGCAGUUUAAAGAAAAUACUAAGAGUGUAUAAUGAAAGAUUUAAUUAUGAAAACUGGUAUAAUGUAAUUGAUUUAAGGCAUACUGACAAGUCCAAUUUGACCCCAAAAUUAAAAGGACACAGUCAACUUUAAAAAUCAAACUCCUGUCUGAAAACAUUUUGCCUACUAUUGUUACAAGCAACACCUAAGAUGAAUAUAACUGACAGAGAUUGGAAGCAAAUAUACUUUUCUCUAUCUUUUCAAUUUGUUUACCGUUUGCUUCUGCCAGCACUUUGUUUUCAGUGUUUCCAUGGAAGAGCCAUUUUUUCCUAUUGUAUUGUGUAUGUUUUUCAUACAACAGAAGGUGAGAGGAAAAAUAUUUGUAGGGCUAGAUUCAGCCAACUGUGUUCAUGUUUAGUAGCAGUUGAAGCCACGGUGCUGCAAAUACUUACGUACGUGAGUAGAAUAAUGUACUGCUUAAUACAAGUAAGGCUGGCAGAAUUGAGUCCUCAAAAAAUAGGAAAAUGUGAUUUUAAAAUAUAUAUAUAUUGGCAGGGGGACUCAGGCAGGUGUAGUACCUGAAACUUUUAACUCAGUUGAAAAUAACUAGAUUUCAAGUUGAUGAUGUCCCUUUUGAUUUUACGAAAGCAAGCUUGUACAAAUCAUUACACCAAUUAAAAGUGUUUCCUUGGAUUUUUUCCUUAGUUCUAGUGGAAAUAUAUAUAUUUGUAUUCAAUAGAAUAAGUAAGCGUUCUUGCUGGUGUUUGCAGCAUUUAGCUAGUGCAUAAGUACCUGGAAAGUGAAAUUGACUGGAAAGUUACUAGUAACAAAAGAAAAUGGAGUAAUCCAUUUUUAAUGUCAGUCUCAAGAGAACUGCAAAAAGUAAACAGUAUAGUGAAAAGUAAACUAUAUUUGUAAAAUUACUUCAGUUUUAGUAAUCAGAGGUACUGUUUAACAAACUAUGGGGCCCAAAUUUUUUCAAGGACUGACAUCUAAUAACUAAAACUGCAACAUUUAAAAAGAAAUCAUGGAAAUUGUGCAAAAUUAAAACAGAUGCACUUGAUUGUAAUUAAGUUAAUUUAAGUUACUAAUGAUUCAAUUUUUGGUACCAAACCUGCUUGGGAGCAAUUAAUGAAUAAUUAUUCAGUCUAUGCAAGGUGAAAGUCACCCCUCCAGCCAUAACUGUGUGAUUUAUAGGUACUCUAUUGUUGUAUUUUUGGUCGUCUUUUAUUUUUGAUGAUCAUUCAGACAAAACAUUCAUGAAAAAUUCAGCUGGGUUUAAAGUUGACUAGGCAAAAUAUAAUUUGGAAAGCAUGUUGGAAAUAUAAGUAACCUUCAUUCCCUCCUGAAAAUCUAAGAUGUUAAAUGCCUGAAGUUCUACGUAGUGAAACAUUUCUAUUUCUAAACAAUUCUCCCCUCUUCCAUAGUAAAUGGAAUGUAUUCAGACUGUAAUCAUCUCCCCCAAAAAGCAAAGCUAGCCAAGAAAAAUCAAUGAGAAUGCAAGUUUAACUGUAGUAUUCAAAUGAACAAAGUAAAACCUAAACAGGUAUUACUUCUGAAUUGUUAAAUGUAUAGCUGAAGAGUACUCUUGGAAACAUUUAGGACUUGACUGUACUUUGUUGUUGUUUCAUUGUAGAUUGAAUAGCUAGGUUGACUUUACCAAACCCAAAUUUGAUUUUCUAGGCUUGCUAAACUCUUUCAAGAAUUUUAUUUUUCACAUUAUUAAAUAAUUUUACUUAAUCAUCCAGUACGAAGUAGAAUGAAAGAUGGCGCAAGUAUGCUGUUAAAAGGUCACCCUAACCAUGUCAUUUGGUUACCUGUGCAACGUGGAAAUACAAAUGUUGUUCUGCUCUGUAGUUCUGUAGGAUCUACUGAAAUAUCACUUUCUUCUUUUUUUUUUUUUUUUGACUGUGUGUGAGAGCGCGCCUUUUUACAAACUUACUAACCUUGUAGUCUACUGUCAAAAUAUUUACCUAAUGUUAGUAGAUACCCAUGUUUUCAGAUAGUAACAGAAAUGAUCCAUCAAUCUUCCACUGUUUUAGCAACAUUUGUUCUAUAAAACUGACAAUCUUUAAAAUGUGAACACUGUAAAUUUAGCUUUUCUUGGAUAGUUGUCUUUUAAGGGAUAUUGUGAAGCAACCAAUCUAUCAAAGCAAAGAAAAAUUAAAAAUCAGAACAUGCUUCAUGGA